AUGUAUCUACUCUUCGCUGUCCUCCUGCUUGCAGGUUACCUCUUCAAUUCCUUUCCAUUUUAUUUUUCCUUUCUUCCGUUCAGUUUAGUUUUUGCAUUCCGUUUUAGAAAAAUUUCUGAAACUCGUAUCUUUGAUCUUAUGCACAAUUUGCAAUCGAUUAAAAUACCUUGAUUUUCAACCGCUACCAGGGAUUGGGUUUAUAAGUUACUUUUGCGUAUUGGACUUCAGUAAAGUUUCCGCAUUACUUUUUUAAUUUUUUGCGUUUUGGUCAGCCUCUAUUUUUUCACUACCUUCAAAGUUUGAGUUCAAACGGGUCGAUAGAUGCUUUUUUCACGUCUCAAUUUUCUUUCCUUGGUCAUGAAUUCCAAUAUACCUAUCUCCCGAAUCAUAUGUUUAUCAUGAAUAAGUCUUUUUUCAAUGCAUCUUUUGUUAUUUUUCAACCAAUUUCACGAAAAAAUUAUUCUCUAGACGAAGAGAUUCUGAAUCAAUUGAUCGGAUUAGCUUUCCAAUAAAUUUCUUCAUUUUUUUCAAAAUUUAGGUUCAAGCCUACUAUCAGGGUUAUUUUUUUAUCAUUCCAGGGAGCUACCUAUAUUAUAACACUACCUAUAUUCAAAUGUGAACUAUAGAAAUGCAGGAGAUACGGUGGCGAGCGAUCCGAAGUCUCCAUGUCGAAUAGGCGACGCAUGCGGCGAUGGAGCCACUUGCCAGAUCACUCAGGCCGGAGCUCCUUGCUCUGAGGAAACCACCCUCGAGUCACUCUACUGUGACGGAGCCACCAAGUGAGUUUCUAGCCCUUUUUCUCCAUCUUAUUUCUUUGUUUCAGUAAAACAGACAUGCACGAGAACGCCUUCCUCGUUUGCAACCUGGUGAAGAAAGAAAUUGAGCGAAAGCUUUGCGGCAAGGUUUCUUUUCUUCAGAAUUUUGAAUUUUUUCUCUUUCUCAGGCUGAAUUCUUCAUCGAUGGAAAGUGCCGGGCUGGCAAUGUUCGCUACAAACGCCAAGGCGUCGCUGGCUCCGGAAGAGUCGGCGACUUUUGCUCAUUCAACACCGAUUGUCUCACGGUUCGGUCCCAUUUCUUCCGGCGCAUUCUCAAUGCUGUUUGUAUCAGGGCAUGUUCUGCUCAACCGGCUCAUGUACCUGUUUGUCGAACUUUGUCGCAAUCCAAGGCUACUGCUACCUCAAGAAAAACCCCGGCGAGUCUGGCUGUCAGUACGCCGAGCAGUGUUCUGCGGUCUGGCCAGAGUCUCGAUGCGAAAAAUCGCGUUGUGAGUGUCCAGAAGACGUCAACGGAAUCCCAUACGUCCAGGUGAGCGUCCAGCCGCGAGAUUCCGAGAAAAGUCAUCUUCUAGGCGAAAAGCCGAGACGGAGUUGUCUGCGUCCUGCAUUCCGGAGAGGACGGCGACCCGGUACCCAAGUGUCCUCUGCCAGAGUAAGGAAGAAAGCGACCGCGUCCGAAGACUUUCCCUCAUUGCCAGAUACGACGACGAUCUUCUCACCAUGCCCGUUUCGCAGCUGAGGAACCCCGCUAUGACAGAUCCAGACGAUUCUGAUGUCCAAAUGGGAGAACACGUGAAUCCUCUGCAGUUCUGCUCGUCGCAAUCCACUGACUACACCACUUUUGUGGCCAAUGGCGGAGGCGCCUGUGUCUACUCGAACGAUCCACAAAGUGGCAACGGUAAAAAUCACUUUUUUAGCGCUCAGAAACAGGAAGUAUUAACACUGUAUAUGUAAUUUAGAUGAAAAAAAUAAGCUUUAGAUGUCAAUUUCCUUUUUUUUGGUAAUUGUUAAAAAAAUAUGAUCAAACAGGUUUUUAAUAGAAUUUCACAAUUGAAUUUCUUAACUUCAAAUUUCAUAUUUUCUGGAAAUAUUUUUUUCUGUUUUUUUAAACAAAAAAACCGUAUUUUUCGAAAUGAUGAAAUAUUCGAAAAACAUUUCAACCCUUUUUUUGGACUUUUUGGUCUAAAAAAAUCUUUUCGUUGUCCACUCGAAGUUUUUUUCAAAAAUUUUCUCAAAUAGUAUUGAAUACACUCUGAGACCUCUCAACGCGCACAAAAUGCUCCAUUUUCUAAUUUUUGAGGUCUGAAGCCUCGAAACUCUUCAGAAUUUUUUUCUCGGAUGAAUUGCUUCAAGAUUUUUAAUAGUUAUGAGCCCAAACAAAAAAGAUUUUCAGACCUUCCUUAGAGCCAAUCGGAAAAUGUGUUCGUUGUAGGAAUCUACAUCGCCGACAUCUACGACUGCGUCACUUCGACGACGUCGAUGACAAAUGUGAAAACGGCGAUGGAAGGCGUCUACGACAUCCAUCCGGCAUCAGACGGCAUCUGCUGUCCCAACCGAGGUUCGAGUCCUUUCCAAUAGAGACCAACCGGCUCUGCUGCAGCUUUCACGUGCAUCCAGCCGAAACGAGAGGCCGAUUCCGGGUCGGCAGCACCCGCCGGCGUCCGACCACGUUGGUGGUACAACGCAGUGACGGGCACUUGCGAGCAGUUCAUGUGGGAUCCGUGGGAUGAGACCGAAAUGCAGUCGCCCAACAACUUCAAGACUCGCGAGCACUGCGAAAGCUACUGCCGCGACAGUCAGUUUCUUUUCACUCCAAAAGAACUGUUUUAUGUAGAAAUCAGAUAUCAUCUUUUCCAGAGCCGGACAGGCAUUUUCGUGUUCAUUUCUUCUCACAUAUUUUGAUUUUUUUUUCUUUAUCCUUCUAGUUUACGAAAUUUUUAAAAUUUUAAAAUAUCUUUACAUUUUUUAGUCCACACACUUCCAAACUUGCCCAGUACUGAUAGUUUUCAUUUUUUGAACUCUGAUAGUUAUAGUAAGAACACGAGCUGGCACUUAAAAGUUCAUCGACACGGCUUCCGCGUUUUUUUUUUUACGCGCCGAGUGUUUGUAAAGAGCCUUAGCUGAUGGACACUGAUCGCGACACGUUGAUAAGAGGUCGAGUUGACGUCGAAGCCUCUCGGCGCCCCACGAACUUGUUCCCUUUCGCCAGGAACGUCUUAAAGUGACCGGCACCCCAAAACCUCGACCAAUGUGCUCUUAAACGUAGUGCAAACACGAAACGCACGACGACAAACAGAAUCCUUUCGCUUCGGUCUAUCUCUUGCUCGUCGCUGUUCAACACUUUUUCAUUAUUUUGCAGAAACAAGAUAGCCGAUCAACGAAAAAAGAAAACUUUCCAAUGCUAACAAAAAGUUGAUAAAAAAUAACCAUUUUACAAUAAGGUCAUUUGUGAUCGAUAUUUGCCGAAUCAUUUGCUGAGAAUCUAGAAAAGUAUUUUUUCCACUCUACCCGCGCAUAGUUAUGGACUUAUGAUCUUUCGAGUCUCUUUUUAAAAGAAACCAGACCGGCGGCCAACUUGAAACUCCGAAAGUUUAUCGAAAACGCAGUUAAAGGCCAUCAAAAACCUCAUUUAGCUUAUUGAAUCGAAAAAAGAAGAAGAGGAUUGUAAAUGCCUCCGCGACAUAAUGUGUCAAGCCGAGAAUUUUUUCUGAAAAUGAGAUUUUUCCAUAUUAACUUAACCUUCGUUUUCUCAUUUUCUCAUCACUUGUAUUCAGCUUGCAAAAGAGGCUCGCCGCAGUAUCUGACGGGAGCCAGUCAGAAUGAGGACGAGCCGGUCAACAACUGUCAGACAGCCUCCAGCUGCACCUCCAACUUUGAGUGCACCUCGAUCGGCAGCAUGCAGCUGUGCUGUCCGACAGUGGCCAGCGUCUGCAGCUCGGCCGGCGGUCGUCCUGUCGACCUUCUCAGGUUUUUCUUUCUCUAAUUCUCAUCAUAAAGCAAACGCUUAUGGAUUUAGAUCAACCAACUUUGACGCUGGUAUGACCAUGAAACGCAGCUUCUCGAUGACCUACUCGACCAGCAGCAGGUUUUUAUUUUUGUUAUUUCAAACCAUCUUGGCAGUUUUGGUAAGUUUUUUUGCUUCGUUGCUUUUUUUUCGUGAGACUUUCUGACGCAAAAAAUUUUAGAUGAGUUUGAAAAAAUGGACAAUUUCAAAAAAUCUUGGCUCUUUAUUUUCAAUAUUAAUUCUUUUCGCAUGCCAUUUCAAAAACAUUCUUUUCAAAAAACGCUGGAAUUAUCCAGUUAGACUAACCUCUUAAAGUAAUGAGAUUCGUAAACAUCAAAGGAGUCUAAAAUUACAUACGUUUCUAGUGUCAAAAAGAAAGCCGUAGAAUAGUCUCUUUGCAGAUAUUAUUACGACGCUGAGCAGGGCCGCUGUAUCGCUUUCACGUACAAUGGAGCCCUCGGAAACUACAACAACUUCAAAUCUUCCGCCGACUGUGAGCUUUUCUGCGCCAAGCUCCAGUGCAAGUACGGGACUCCUCUGAAGAUCGGAGCCGCCAACCAGGUUGACCAGCCUCAUCUCCUGAAAAAGGAGCAUGUUCGGUAUUGCAGCGCUGUUCCACCAACGCCGACUGUCCCAGCACGCACGAGUGUCAGAGCGACCACAACGUCUGCUGUCCACGACCACGUAAGUCUCCAAUAGUUGAACCUGUGCCAGAAAACUUAGAGCUCUUUUGGAAAGACAUCAUUUUUCAAAGAUUUCGAAGCAAGUUCCCCCUAAGAACGUCAAUGCCGUUCAGAAGCGAUCUGCUCGCAGCCUCUUCGCCUCGGCGACUGCAAGCAGAGCGUCCGUCGGUAUUGGUACAACGCGGUGACUCGCGCCUGCGAAAUCUUCGACUACACCGGCUGCCAGGGCAACGACAACAACUUCGAGACUCUUCUCGAGUGCCAGAACACCUGCGAGAACAUCAUUCGUAAGAGAAUCUGUACACACAAACUAAACCUUUGCGUUUUGAAUACUCAAGAAACUUUUUCCAAACGCCUUUCUUCUUCUUUCCAAGUGCACUGUUGUUCCAUUUAUCAUGAAUUUCCUUCGAUUUCCAGUCCCACAUACCUGAAAAUUCUUUGCAGCGGAACCCCAGUGCCCUCAAGGAGACGCCUACAAAGACUACCAAGGCAACUACUACGUCUGUUCGAACUCCGGCGCUGGCAAUUCUUGUCCUGUCAACUACGAAUGUUAUUUCGACGGAUAUGUCUGGGGAUGCUGCUCGACCAAAGGUAAUCUCGCUCUUUUUCCUCGUUCCACGAAGCCUCGUUCAGCCUACACUUGCACACUGUCUCCUCACAAGGGAGUCACUUGCGGAUCGGGCUCCUCCUACAGAUAUUUCUACAACUCGCAGACGCAAGAGUGCGAGAGCUUCCAGUACAACGGAUGUGACGGAAACAGCAACAACUUUGCGACGCGCGAAGACUGUGAGGGUUACUGUGGAGUCGGAGGUACUGUGGUUGAUCCAGCAGUUUUUCUGAAGGAAAACGGUUCAGGAUGUCCAAACGGCGGCACGCCGGAACGCAACGAAUUCGGCCAGCUGAUGGUGUGUUCCUCGACCCAGAUCUGUCCGACCACCCACGAGUGCACUUCGGUCAACUCUGGAUCCAGCGUCGUCAACCGGUAAAUCUCGAUGGAAAGAUUAAAAUGUCGACAAAAGUAUUGAAACUCCUAGCGCGCUUUCUUGAGUUUUGAAAAGUUUCACGGCUUUGAGCUCGACGCUCUUCAGCAAUUCAAAUCGGUUGAAAAUAAUUUUUUUUUAAAGUUCUAUAGGAUCAUGAAAAACGAAAAAUUCUAGGUGCUGCCCAACUCGUUCAUACAUUUGCUCUCUGCCGCCCCAACAGGGAUCUUCGUGCUCGUCUUCUGCCGCUGCAAGGUAGAAUAGAGUUCACCUAACAAGUAUUCAAAGGCGAUUUCCAGAUUUUAUUUCAACAUCGUCACUAAAGAAUGCACACAGUUUACGUACAACGGCUGCUCAGGCAAUCUGAACAACUUCGCGACGUUGGAGCAGUGCAACAACUUCUGUCUCUCGGCGGCCUGCACUCCAGGGGACGUCGCCUACGUCAACCCCAACACCAACAUGCCCUACGAGUGCAAUGCCGCGCUGUCGAACAGCUGUCCAACCAACUUCGGCUGCACCUACGACCCUUUGAGCAGCAACAGCGUCUGCUGCGGAGCCACCAACAUGGGUAGGAGGAAAAUAAGGUGGAAGAUAGACUGUGGGAGUCUUCCAGACGUCUGUCCCGAAGGCGAAAAAGCCUACGUCAACGCCGUCGAUAUGGGUGUCCGAGAAUGUCUCAUCAACGUCGAGGGAAGCUGUCCAUCCAACUAUCUUUGCCGCUUCAAUGCUCAGAAGAACAGGUUUGUGAAAAGAACGACUUGAAACAUUUUCCAAGAUUGCAAAUAGUUGAAGGAAUAUUGGAAACAUCGGUUAAAAUAAUUAGUUUUUUGGAAUCUCAAAUAGUUUAUUGAAAGUCAACGAAAAAUGGUCCUUUGAAGGUACUACUGCUGCGCCUCGAUCACUGGCGACCUUUGCCCCGCCGGAAAAGCUCUCUACCGCGAGCCUUCCUCCAAGAGUCCCAUUCGCUGCACUAUCAGCAGCAACAGCAACCAGUGUCCCAACAGUUACUCUUGCCAAUCGGACGUGCCUGGCGCCUUCCAAGGCUACUGCUGCUCGGCCAACCACCUCUGUCCGAACAAGGCCGAGUUCUACCUGGAGGAGAGCAGCCAGAUGCCGAGGUUCUUUUCGAUUCUUCCCGCAUCGAUCCUCAAGUAAUCGCUUGAGGUCCUGCACUGUCGGAGCCUUUAUCACCUGUCCCAACGGCUACACCUGCCAGAGCACUCAGAACGAGUUCACCACCGGAUUCUGCUGCAAGGGAGAGGUCGCUUCCGUCUCAGGUUUUCGCUUUCUCAACAUUUCAACAAGCGAUUCAUUGCGUUACCCGAAUUUGCAGACCUGCAAAGACAAUUUUUAAAAAUUUCGUUUUUUGCGCUGCAUGUUUUAAAUUAUAUAUCAUAUUUCUAUAUAAUUGAAAACUUCGUAUGAUCCUAUGUUUUUCCAAUUCAUCGAACCUUGGAAAAUUGCAGACGGAUGUCCUCCCAACGAGUUCGUCUACAUGAAAGACAACCAAAUCGCUCCUUGCGACCCCUUUAAUCCUCCAAACGCUCCUUGUCCCAACGGCUACUCUUGCCAGUGGUCUCUGGCCAACCAACGUUACCAAUGCUGCGGAGCCACUCCGAUUUCGACUCCAAAAUCGAUCGCCGCCCUCGGCUGUCCAAACAACCAGGUCCGUCAUUCAGGACAUUCCGCCAUCCUAUGAUCAUAUCAGGUCGCCUACCGCGAAUCCGCCACAAACGCUCCACGAAUCUGCACGGCCGCCUCACAAAACUGUCCCACUGGAUUCUUCUGCCAAUUUUCCAUCGCCAACAACCAGUUCCAAUGCUGUGGAAUGAGCGGCGGCUGUCCCAAUGACUCGGUCGCCUUCAUCGGAAUCACCGGGGAACCUCAGAACUGCGCCAUCGGACAGGUUUGAUUUUCUCGCAAGUAUCGGAAAAACUCUACGAUGAGGACUUGUUCAGAGUACUUGUCCAUCUGGAUAUUCCUGCCAAAGAAGCAUCACCGGAUCUCAACUGUGCUGCACGACCAACGAACAGACAUGCUCAGAGAAGCAGGUCGAAGUGGAAGGAGCUUGUCUUGACCGCGCCUCUCUCGGAGAAAUGUGCACCAACCAGGUGAACCAUGGCUCGACUUUUGUGAAACAGAUCGUUUGCAGGUGCAAUGUCCAUCGGGAGCCAUCUGCAGAGAUUCGAUGUGCUCCUGUCCCGAAGGACAUCGAGACGUCAACGGCGCAUGUCAGGCAGAGUGCGGAGAAAACGAGGUAGUUCUUCUUGAAGCCGCAAGUUUCAAUUUGAAAUCCCAGGUCGACGUCAAGGGCUCGUGUUUGUCAAAGGCGUUGAUCGGAGAAAACUGCGAAGCUGACCAGCAAUGUCAAGGAGGGUUAGUGCAGAAGAAGAUUAUUCAUCCACCGCUAAGUUGGAAUGGAAAAUGAAAAUCCAGACUUUCUUUUUGUAUAAUUUCAUGUUAUCCAUAUAAAGCCCUAAUUAAAUUUCUUCUCAAGCUAGUGGCGAAAAGAACUCACAUUAGAAACAAUUUAAUUAAACGAUGUUAUUAGGCGACGUUUGCCGAGAGUUCAACUUUCUUUUUUUGAAAAAUAAAAUAAAAUGUUGAUUGAAAAAUUUUCAAAAAUAUUGAAUCAAGGAAUUUUUCUAGCCGCUCGGGAGCCCGUCAGUUCUUAUGUCUGUUACAGCUCUUCUUGCGUCGAGACUGUGUGUUCCUGCCCUGAGGGCGAAGACGCGGUCGACGAUGUUUGCGUUAAAAAGGCCAGCCGCCCGAUGUCGACUUGCCCCAUUCCUGGACAGGUGAAUGGUGUUUGGACGCCAUGUUCGAGCAAAAUUGUUUCAGAUCCCGUACCUUGACGCCAAGACGAAGAAUGCGCGCUUCUGCAACCCUGCAAGAGCCAACUGUCCUCGUGGCUACAGCUGUCAGUUCUCGGAGACUGCUCAGCAGAACAUUUGCUGUGGCGGUUCUGCUCCAGGCGCCGGAAAGCCCGCGACAAUUCGAACCGGCAAAGGGACGUUUAGCUCGAAGCCGGGCACCGACAAGACGCCGACGGAAGGCAACGAGAACGAGGAACAAGAAAAGGAAAAGGAGAAGACUCCUGAAGAGGAGAAAGUCAACGUUUGCGAGCGUGGAAAUCCGUACCUCGUCAACGGCACGCCAAAACAGUGCACUUCGUCGCCGUGUCCGUCAGGCUACAAGUGCACCUUCUCGAAAAAGAGCAAAAACUACUUCUGCUGCUCCUCUGCUCCAUGGGGAAGCUCAACAGCGAGCCACGGAUGUCCCUCCGGAAUCGCUCUGCUUUUCCCAUCUACAGGCACUCCUGUCCAGUGCUCCAGCACCGGCUCCAACAGUUGCCCAUCUGGAUACCGCUGUCUCAAGAGCGGCGGCAAUCGGUACCAAUGCUGCUCCAUCGAGAACGGCGACAAGACCAGCCGUGGAAGAAACGUCGGCGCAGCGACCGCCGCACCGAAAACCAGAAAAGAUUUUGCCAACGGUCUCAAAUUAACUGAGUUUUCUGUGAAUCUUAUUCUAUUUUAGGUCCGUGCCCCAACGGCCAAGUCCAGGUUUUGAGGAUCGUUGGAGAACGAAUUGUUAAGAAAUGCGAAGCUAAAUGUCCGGCUCACCAGGUUUGAUUUCUUUUUAGUUUGAGGCCGUACACAUGACAUUUUACGAAUAAUAUGGAAAUUUAUGAUAGGGUAGUUAUGAUGAUAGUUAGUUUAGAAAAUUUUAAUGAAAUGAUGAUAGUUUUUCAUUUUUUUUUUAUCACAAACGUUUUGGCAUAGAUGUUUAUCCGUUCAUAAGAAGAGAAGGAACGUAUAUGCUCAUGUGCUCUGGGGCUUCAGGUUCUCUGUAACGAUUAAUAUUGCAGGUGGCUGUGCGCGGAAUCUGCAGGGACAAGUACCACGCCGACGCGCCUCUGAACAACGAGUUGUUGUUGUGAGAGAAGCCGUCUUCGCCCGACCGACGGACGACUGAGAUCAGAGCACGCAGAUGAUGCAAAUUCAGUAACUCGUCCUCUUUUAUAUACUUACUUGUCUGCUGCGUACCCUUUCGUCAGUGUCCGUUGUUCCUUUAUUUAUUUGUUUAUUUAUUUAUUCAUUUCUUUUUUUUUCACUCCAUCUCCUUUUGUUCUCUCUUUCCAUGCUCGACUUUGCCGCCGAGUGUCGGCGAUUGCAUCCGUAGGUGCCAUUGCACCACUCAUUUCCCAAGUUGCUUUCUUGUAUCGAUUGCAAAUUUUUGUAAACGAUACAUUCGUUUCUUUUUCUGUGAUCCCUGUUGUCAUUUCAAACGUUGGUGGAGACGUCAGUUGUGUUUUAUUCUGCACAGUUAGUGCAAUGAAUUUACUUGAAUUAAUUCAUGCGAAAAUAGAUUCACACAAAUAUUAAUUCUAAAUGUAAAAAAAAGUAACUACAUUUACUCGCGUACAGGUGAAAAAAGUUCUGUAAAACGAAAAUCGUGACAAACUGGCAAAGAAUCGCGUAUACUAAAAAGAAGCUCUUGAGGCGCGUAAAAAAAUUUCAAAAUCCCUCUCGCUUCAGGCACUGACGGCGCGUGUUUGUUGCCAAAAGUGCGCCGCCUGCUGCGCGCACGCGCGGGAUGUCUCUUUUAUUUUUUUCAGCUUUUUUUAACUAAUUAAAAAAAGUAAAAAGUUAAACAUUUAAUAUAUUUCAUGUCUGUUCAUCUCUUGUCAUUGCUCUGGUCCAGUUCAUAAUAAUUAGAACGCACAAAAAUUUGGAAUACAAAAGUUUCACCUGCAGUUUUUUUUCAUAAAUUUGUUCGAGAGUGCUCGGAACAACUUCAAAACUUUGAAAGUAUUUCAGUGAAAAAGGCGAUGAAAGUAUAGAUGAUUCACGGCUAGCUUGGGACGCUAAGGAGGCGUGUCCUGUCUGCCCUCUCCACGAGCUAGCCGCUAUCUCGUGCAUUAUCGUGUCAAGAACCUUUUUUCGAUGGCUCAAGCCAGCCGUGAAUCAGCUAUAUCAGUAUAGACUCAACACUGGUGCGCGCACGUGAAACCAUCAAACAGUCGUCGAUUGUUAUGUCCAGUACGCAAACAGUAAAUACAACGACAAUUUUUCAUAAAAGCGACUCUUUAUUGAAAUAUUUCUGAAAAAAAAAGCUUUGAACUCUGAAAAAAGGGAGAUGAAAGUUGGAAUCAGCAGAUUUCUGUUUUGUUCAAGGGCUUCAUUUUCAACAGGUUCAGUUCUUCCUUUCGAUUUUCUGAAUAACAAGUUUUUUCAGGAACUUUUCAUAAACAGGCUUUCCGAGAAAAUUUUGUACUUCCUACUCAAUACGAUUAUCGUACAUGGUUUCCUCUUCACAUGUCUGUUCAACUGAAGAAAAUGGAGGCUAAAAUCCGAUCAGUUGACUUAGUCGUCGAGGUUUUAUUUUGUUUUAUCUUUCGAGUACAAUGACCGUUUUGAAGGUCCAUGAUGCGCGAAUUCCUAUCUCCGGCAGAAAUAUGCAGUUUUUAAAUCAUCUUUACGCUAUUCGACCUCAUAUACUAGUUUUUAAUAAAAUGGAUCUGAUCGACAUGAAGAAUUACAGGUUUUAAUCCUUGAACUAUUUUUAAUUAUUUGUUGCUUACAGGAGACGCAUAGAGGAUUACUAUUACGAAAGAGGUGUUCAGCAUGUGUUGUUCACAGAUUGUAAGAAAAAACUUCCAAGGUUCGCCCUGACUUAGAAAAAUUUCGACCGAGGAUUUAUUCCGAAAUAAUGCAUUAUUUAGAGGGCUCUGAACGAUUUGAAAACGUGUAUGGUACAAGCGUUAGAAAAAAAUGACCGUUUCAAUAGGACGGUCAAAACAGAAUACCAAGUUGGAAUUAUCAUUUUUUUUUUUUGUUGGAGUCUAAUGCCAUGCUCAGGCAAUGGUGGUUGGUAUUCCGAACGUUGGAAAGUCGUCUCUCAUCAAUGCCCUCCGCACACUUAGCCUUGGAAUAAAGAAAAAGGCAGUUGAAGAAGGUUUUCUUUUAAAUUAGAAUUUCCUUUUUUCGAAUGAUAUUGUUCCAGGCGCUCGUCCUGGUGUUACAGUGCGAGUGCAAAAUCGCGUUCGGAUCUUGGAUAGACCGCCAUUGUACAUGAUCGAUACUCCAGGGGUUCUAUCCCCAUCGCACCGGGAUGUCACAGAGGUUUCUGCUUCAGAUUUGUCGCUUCGUUAAAAAUACUUUUAAGGCUAUGAAAUUAGCGUUGUGUGGAUUGGUUCUUGAUAGCCAUGUGAACAUUUUCUAUCUUGCCGAUUUUCUACUCUUCUGGCUAAACAAGUUAGAAAACAGUUAAUUAAAAAAUUGAAAAAUUGAACUAAUUAGAUCAGGAGAUUUCUCAUACCUUGAUUUAUUGAAGAUUGGUGGUGAGCCUUCAGAUGAUAUCCAGACUGUUCUGUUGAAGACUUGUGUUGCUCAGGUGAAAAAUAUAAACAAAUAAAUAACUUGAGUUAUAAGUUUAGAACUUUCGCGUAAAAACGUCUCGUGGGUGCAGAGGGCUAUGUGGAAAGAUGGGAUUUCGAUGGCGCCGCGGAACAUUUUGUUAA